AUGGACGCUGACAAUACCGUAAUCUAUGUCAAAGUUGCCGGACGCGAUAGGGAAGGGUUUGUAGAGCCUCCAAAGUUCUAUUGGGACCUGGAAAAGGACCAGAAACUGUGGUUGAAGAUAUCACGAUUUGGCAACAACAAGAGCAUCGAUUGGUCCAAACUGAGUCGGGAAUUCGAGACACCGGAGUUUUUCCUGCGGAAGAGGAGCUACAGACUGUUUUCAAAGCAUUUACGAAUGCUGGAACAUGAAAUUGAGACCAAGACUCGCGGAUUGGAUGUGGGACAAGAACUGGAAGAAGAUGAGGAUGAGGAUGAGGAUGAAUUGAAGGAAAAUGAGAGUGGUCAAGAGUCACAAGCUAGGGAAGAGGAAGAAGGUGCUACAGAGGGUGCCAAGAACCUGAGGUGGUCGAGGAUCUUGAAUCAGAAAAUUCCAGGAGAUGCGAAAGCCCCAGACUCGUCUUUGAGUGAACUGUCGAAUUUGAGUGUGAGCAAAUCUGCACUAGAAGAAGCAGUGCUGGACAGACUGCAGCUUUGGGGAUUGGGUGAGAGGUGA